UUUAUGGACGAGAAAAAUUUUUUGUCAUCAACACAAACAACUAAUAAUUAUUUUAAAAAAUUUCUAGGCAAUCUUAACGAACUUCGAAAUAACUGUUUGCUUUGUGAUGUCGAAAUUGAGUGCCAGGAGAAAGUAAUUUUUGCCCAUAGAGUUAUUUUGGCGGCUUCUAUCGAAUAUUUUCGCGGACUUUUUAAUUCAGGGAUGGCUGAUGCCGGUGAAAAGCGAAUUGUUCUUAAGGAAAUUACUUUCAUUGGUCUAAAACAAAUUGUGGACUUUGCAUAUACAUAUGAAUCUUAUAUUGAUGAAAAUAAUGUUCGGCAAUCAUUACAGGCUGCUAAUUAUUUAGGAAUAAAUUCAGUCAAAGAAGCUUGUGAAACUUUUUUAACUUCUCGAAUUAAUGUUGGUAAUUGUAUUGAAUUGUAUGAACUUGCAGAUCAAUAUAAUUGUUUAAAAUUGUUUGAUUCUAUUUAUAUAUUCAUUUUGGAACAUUUUUUGGAAUUUUCUAAACUCCCUCAAUUUCUCUCACUCAAUUCAAUUACAUUAUUAGAACGUUUAACUUCAAGCGAUGAAUUGUUUAUACCUGAUGAAUAUUUUCUUUUUGAAUUUUUAAUUAAUUGGGUUAAACAAAAUGAAGAAGAAAGGCUUAUUUAUUUGCCAAAACUUUUAAAAAAUAUUCGUUUCUUUCAAAUUCCAACAAAUAAAUUUUUAAAUAAUGUUCUGCCAAAUACAUUAAUUAAUAAAUGCCCAGAAGCUUUGACUUUUGUUAGAUCUCAAACUGAAGCUAUUUUGGGAAAAAUUGUUGGAAAUGAUUUUUUUGGGAAUAUUGAUGGAGGUGUCAUUUUUUGUGUUGGUGGACGUGGUUCACGUUUGGAUCCAUUUAAGUCUGUUGAAGUUUUUGAUUGGUUACACAAUUGUUGGCAUCAGAUUUGUGAACUUAAAAUUGGGAGAAGACACGUUGGUGUUAUUUGUGUUGGUUCUAGAAUUUAUGCAAUUGGUGGACAUGAUGGAACUGAACAUUUAAGUUCUGUCGAAUGUUUAGAUGUUAAAGAAGAAUCUUGGAGGGAUGUUGCCCCAAUGAAUGUUAGAAGACGGGGAAUGGCUGUUGGGGCUUUGGGUGGUGCAAUAUAUGCCGUCGGAGGGUUAGAUGACCAGAAUUGUUACAGGGCUGUUGAACGAUACGACAUACAAGAAAACGUAUGGGUGCAGGUUGCUGAUAUGACCACGCCUAGAGGCGGUGUUGCUGUUGCUGCUUAUGAAGGAAAACUUUAUGCAAUUGGUGGAAAUAGUGGAACCCAUUCAUUGGAAACAUGUGAAAAAUACGAUCCAAUAUUAAAUAAAUGGACAUCAAUUGCUCCAAUGAAAAAUAGAAGAGCUGGGUCUGGAGUUGCCAUUAUUGGACCUUAUUUAUAUGUUAUUGGAGGAUUUGAUGAUGACUCCCCUUUAAGCACCUGUGAACGUUAUAGUUUUGCAGAAAAUAUUUGGAAAGAAAUCGAACCACUUUCCUGUGCUAGAGGAGGUGUUGGAGUAACAGCAAUGGGUGGACGUAUAUUUGCUAUAGGUGGACAUGACAGUCAUAAUUAUUUAAACACUGUUGAAGCAUAUGAUCCUUUAUCUGAAGGAAACGAAAAUAAAUGGACAGAAAUUGCUUCUAUUAGUCAAAGAAGGGCUGGUGCGGGUGUCGCUUGGUCGCCUUGCAGUAUUAAAGAAAUUUCUUUCUCUGAUGAAGCUUGUGAUUUAUAAAAUUAUUUUUACUUUUUUUUGCAUUUUAAUAUCUUGU